AUGCCUCUUGGCCGGAUCAAGCUGCCGGUCACAUUUGGCAUGCCCAACAAGUUACGUACAGAAAAGCUGAUCUUCGAUGUUGCGGACUUCGAGAUGGCAUACAAUGUGAUCCUAGACCGCCCAAUGUUGGACAAGUUCAUGGCGGUGGUUCACUAUGACUAUCAAACACUCAAGAUCCCCGGACCGAAUGGGGCCAUUAUGGUUAAAGGAGAUCAGCGCACAUUCGACGACGCCAAGGGCAAGACCAACGACGGCGCCAGCAACAAAAAGACUGAUGGUUGCAUCAAGGCAGUGCCCCUCAACCCAUCUGAACCAUCCAAUACGGUUAAUGUUGGUGCUAAUCUUGAUCCCAAAUAG